GGGCAGGGAAGAAGGGGGGGGGCGGGUAUGCAGCUAUUCCCUUCCUUGGCCGUCUUGCUGCUUAGCGUUGAGCGGGUUCCCGGCGCUGCGACGCAAGGGGGGGCGGAUAUCCGCACGCCCUUCCCUACGUUAUACCGCCUACAAGCCAGCGGACCGGACAAUUGGGGAACACACACCACCUACCGACCUCAUCUACUUAUUCGUCGCUGCGUGCCCCCGACAAUUCUGUUUGGGCCGCGGGCCGUCGCGGAUCAGACUUGUCCGACUCUGUACUCUCCAGCGCGCCCGCGCGCACUUAUAUAUACCUACCUACCUACCUAGAGCUUACAGGCUCUGCCCGUCCCCGCCAGUCUCGCCGCGCAUUACCCGCCUGCAUCGCCGAACGCCUGGAACACCUACCUUUCUCGUUUCCGCCCGCCACCCCGGAGCCGCGGGCGCGAUCCCGAGGACAAGAGACACUCGGACGACAGGGAAGAAGCAGCACCUACCCCGGGCCAGACUAGAGAGGGGGGAAGGAAAGGAAAGGAAAGGAGGUAUAUGGCUGGCCGCGUGCUGCUGACCGUCGACGCCCUGGGGAUGGCGAUCGGGACGGUCGUGGCCGACUGCUUCAACGAGACGCACAUGUUCAACCCGCGGUGGCCGCCGCACGCGAAGUUCCACAACGUGCAGACCGUGCUGCUCGCCGAGAUGCUCGCGGCGCUGACGCUGUACUACACGUGGCGGCGGGCGCGGACGGCGGAGCUGCGGCGCGAGCACCUCUUCGGCGCCGCCUGGGCCGGCUCCGCGUACUGGGCCGCCGGGCUGCUGAGCAUCCUGCCGCCCGGCACCGCCGGCCGCGACCCCGAGUUCGGCGGCCCCGCCUUCCCCCAGGCCAAGCUCUUCGUCGCCCUCGCCGCCUGCGGCCUCCUCGGCGCCUGGCUCGAGGCGCGCCGCGUCGCGGCUGCCGAGCGCGCGAAGGAGGAGUGAGUGAGUGAGUGAGUGAAUAAUAGAGUACGAGGGUGGAAGGGGGGUGCAAGGGGUAGUUGACCGCGACGGAAAGAAAGAGAGAUUUCCAACACAGGGCUCACAGGGCAUAUCUAUGUAUGGACGACUGACAAGCAGCGGAUCCUGGUCUGCCGCGAGGUGGUGCUUCAAGUAGGUCUGCGGCACGGUGUAUUUAAUGCCUCCUUGUAUACAGCCGGCAGAGAUCCCGGGCUGCGCG